CAUCACCCACCCACCUACCCAACCACAACCUACCAAACCCCUCAACCACACCUCCAGUCAUCGCAAUGGCAUUCGCCUGGAAAGCCGCCGGCCUCACAUACAACCGCUAUGUCGCAGUCGCAUCUCGCGUCGUGCGCCGUUCCCUCAAGGAGGAUCAGCGAGUUGCUGUUGAGCGGAGGGGAGAGAUGGAUCUGAGGUUUGCUAAGUGGGAGAACGGAAAGCAGGGCGAGACUAAGAACCUUGCGAGUGCGAAUGAGGCGGCGAUGGCAGAGCAGGCGAGCUCAUCUUCUAGCUCGUAGACACACAUACACCGAAAACCAGCAGUGGAAGGAAGGAAAUGGGAUGGAGUGGGGCGGGAAAGCUAUUCGGGUUGAUGGAUAGACGGAUCUGUAUAUUCUGUACUCUAUCGAAAACCCCGCGAAAGGGCUGCGAAAAAUAGCCAAUGCACAAAAACUUUUGAGCUUCAA